AUGGUGAAGAGAGCUUUGUGUAUUGGAUGCAACUAUCCAAGCAAGGCAUUCGGAUUGGCUGGUGCAGUGAACGAUGCAUUCCUCAUUGCAGAGACCCUUCAGGUGCAUAUGGGCUUCUGUCACGAGAAUGUGUGCGUUUUGCACGAUGUGUACCCUGGGCAGAAGAAGUCCUUGAAGGUAGAACCUGCAAAGUGCCCAACUCGAGUCAACAUACUACAGCAGUUGCAGCAAAUGGUGCGGCAAACACGCCCUGGAGAUGUACUGUUCUUUUCUUUUUCCGGGUAUGGCCUGCAGGUUGACGACAUGGACGGCUACCAAGACGAAGGGUAUGAAGAAGCUAUUCUGCCAACCGACUUUGUUGAUGGCAGAGACGGCGACUACAGCGUCAUUUGCACAAAUGACCUCCAUGAUGUCUUGUUGGGAGUGCCUCACAAUGUGGUAGUCACCGCCGUCAUGGACUGCGAUCACGCCACCACUCUUAUCGACAUUGGUGGUACUUUAGAUGGUUCUUUGGUGAGCGGUCUCAAGUACAGCAGCUUCUGCGGGUUCCAGGCGCAUUCCACAAAGAUGAUCCUGGCAAAUCAUGAACGAGAUGUGUGGCAGGAAGAAAAGGCUCGUUCAGUUCAUGCUCGCCCGCGAUUUCAGCCGGUCAUGGAGAUUGACAAUCCUCGGAAGGGCAGGCUACCAACAAGACCAGCCAUGUCGCGUUCGUCGUCAAUAGCUUUUUGUUAUUCAGCAGCUGGGCAUGGUCAAACAGCCAUGGAAAUGAAGAUGACGCUGCCGGGUGUGGAUGGGCAAGAACCUACAGUCAAGCAACACGGGGUCUUGUCUUGGUGCUUCGCUCGCGCUUUGGAAGAAUUGAACUUCUCUGGCACGUACUUCGAUCUUCAAGAGGAAAUUCAGCAGCAGAUGCAGACCAUCAAAAGUACUGCUUUGCCACGCAUGGAUCAGGAAGUCUUGAUGACCUUCUCCCUCCCUUUGUCCAAGCCGCGUACUAUGAAGGUGUUGCAGCCUGUCGGGCCUGUCGGCCCGCCUGCUCCAGACCGCGGCUUGAGCACUCAGAGCAUGCGCUUGGCGCCGCCGGUCGUGCCUCCACCACCCCCAGGCUUUCUUGCAGGCAAUGGAAACGCUGCAGCAUCUCGACCAGUGUCAGAAGAUAUCCCCCCGGUUCAAUCACGGCCAGCAUGGUCAGAGCUUGUGCAUCACAAUGUCGAAGGUCGGGAAGGCUCCUUCAAAGUUCAGGGAGCCAGCUAUGCUCCUCCACAGCUGAAAGAUGAUAAGCCAGGAAAUGGAAAGCCAACGGAAUCCGGGCUGCUUUGGUGGCAUAUGUGA